CACCGCGCCCGCUGUGCUCCGGAUCUCCCCAACCCCACCCGGCCAGGCCGCCUCUGCCGCCCCAGCCCCGCCUGUCGCCGACGCACAUCGGCCUCUUCCGUGUCUAAGUUCCUGGACGCUCCGGCCUCUAUCCGGCCGCACUGCUACCGAGUGUUUGUGGGGAGGAGGCGCCGAGGUUCCCGGCGCUGUCCCAGGCAGGGCUGGACCUGACGCGCAGCCGGAGCAGGAAAAGGAGGCGCGUUUGCGCGCUGGAGCCGUGCGCCCUUGGGCUCUUCGUGCGCGCGGGGCGCACUUGGAACCCGGCGCCGGGUGCUCCCCGCCGCCGGCGACUAGCGGGGUUGAGAAGGGAAAACGGAGAAGGAGAGCGCUCGUGUGUCCGCCCGGCCGGAGCCGGGGCUGCAGCUCCGGGGCGGGGAGUGGGGCGGGGCUGGGAAAGUUGAGUGUUAGUCGCGGAGGGCUGGGCUCGGCGUCGGAGCGCCGGCCGCCGGGGACCGUAAAAGGCUGGAGCGGGCUGGGGAGGUGUGGCUCUGCCUGCGUGACCUGAGCCCCCGUCUCGGUCGCCGUCGUCUCCCGCAGCUGCGGCCUCUCAGUCAUGGGCGCCGUCUUGUCAGCCCUGCUGGUCGGCGGGGGUCUGGCCGGAGCGCUCUUCGUUUGGCUGCUGCGGGACACGGGAAAGGAGGGGGAUGCGGAGCAGGGGAAGGGCGCCCCUCCGGGGGAGGCUGCGGCCCCGGGAGGCGAUCAAGGUGGCGGCGGCGGAUUGAGCCCUGGACCUUCCAGGCGGGAGCUGGUCACCAAACCAGAGCAUCUUCAAGAAAGCAAUGGCUGUUUGGUUGCUGAGACCAAGGGCCCUGGUGACCUGCAGGAAGCAGCACAGAGACUGCAGAGUCCUUCCGGAGAAGGCGGUAACCGUGACAAUUCAAGAGCGCAUGUUCCUUCUGGACAGUUUCCAGACACAGAAUCUCUAGCUACCUCUGAGGCUGGUAACUCUAGAAGUUACUCUGACGUUUCAAACAACGAAAGCCUUGGAUCUCCUGUAGGAGAAUGGGGUUUCCAAAAAGGCCAAGAGACACCUGCUAAAGCAGCUCCAUGUUUGGCAGAGAAGUUGCCUUCUAGCAACCCGCUCCUGGACAGAGUGAAAGAAGUGAGCCUUGCACAGUUGGACAGUCAGGUCCAGGCUGACCAUGAGGACUGCAAGGUGGUGUCCCAACACUCAUCUUGGGGAGAUGUUGGUUUGGGUGGCAGUCUUGAGUCUCCAGUGUUAAGCUCUAAGCAGGGAAAGGACUAUGACAGAAGCACUCUUGUGGAAGCAAGAGGUCAGGGAGUGGAUGUGAAACCAAAAAGGGUAGCAGCAGUAUCUUCAGAGUCUCGUCAAGUUACUGUCAGGUUCCAGGUCCAUUAUAUCACAAGCGCUGGGGUGCAAUUCCUUGCAGUAACUGGAGACCACGAGAGUCUUGGGAGAUGGAACACUUACAUCCCACUCCAGGGUAGCAAGGAUGGGCUCUGGUCUCGUCCUGUGUCCCUGCCAGCAGACACAGUGGUGGAAUGGAAGUUUGUGGUGGUAGAGAAUGGGGAAGUUACCCGUUGGGAAGAAUGCAGCAAUAGAUGCUUAGAGACUGGCCAUGAGGAUAAAGUGGUUCACAAGUGGUGGGGGAUUCACUGAUUCAGUUUGCAAAGCAUUGAAGAGGCUGUGGCAGAACACGGAAGAGGCUAAGGUUGUGGAGCACCCUGAAUAAUUUAAAAUAAAGGAAGUGCAACUUAUCUAGCCAUCAAAGUUGUUUCAAAGUUGCUAGUGGCUUUUGUCUAAUGUGUAGAUAAUGCUUCCAAUGAGCAGGGACUUUUUUUCUGUGGCAUUGAUGGAUGGAUUUAUGCUGAUCCAUCAUUACUUUAGGGCUUCGUCGUCUUGGGGAGUGGCUUUGCGAAGCUUCAGAUGUGCACUGGUCAGGGAGCACAGAAACUAACCAGCUGCAGAGGGUUCAGGCUUAAGCCUCUGGGUGAUUCUUAAACCAACAGAGUAAAAUAAGCUUUAUCCAAAAAGAGCUGAUAUUGUACUGGUACACCUGGAGAAAUGCUCUCUUUAAUACGUACACAUUUUAUAUUUAAAAAUAGUUAAUACCAUAUGGAACUGUGAUCAGAAAAUAUCUGGUCACUAGAUGUGAUUAGCCAGGAUAUGAGGUAAGGCAUUAGAGGACUUCCCAGUGUUUUUUGCUCAAUUUUACUUGCCAUGUAUGGUUUGAAAGUAUGUUUUUGUCUUAAUGGUUGAAGGCUGGUAUAAAAACAAUGGGCCUCAUCAGAGUCUGUUACCCGCAGCAGCCCAAGGGGAAAGAGAACAGGAAGGGGGACAGGGUGUAGGCUGAGGGAGGUGGCCUGCGUGAUACCUCUUGGAGGGCUGGGAGAUCCAGGCACAGCCCCACUGCAGGGUGGGAUGCGCCCACCAUGUCCUCCUGGGGCCUUUGCAGGACCGUCUCCCCCCACUGCCGCUCCUCACACAGCAGAUCUGGGCUCACAGAUGGACUGCCCCACAGCAAUCAUUUCACCCUCUUCCCUUUCCCUUCGUGCCAGUGGCUAGCCUGAGUAACAAAAUUAUAACAGGAGAGUGCUAUGGAAGUACAUCUUUGCUCUGGGAAGAAAUAAACAUUUAAACUUUGCCAUUAUAACUGAAAAAAAAUAAUAAAACCUG